AUGCCCCCUGGUUAUAUGGGUGAGAAUUGCUCACUUAGGUGUCGGUACCCGGGAUUUGGAAAAGAUUGUCAAGAAGAAUGCUUUUGUAAGAUUGACUAUUGCGACUAUCGGAGUGGAUGUGUUAACACCAUAUUAGAGUGCCCUGUGGGAUACAUGGGCCUCAACUGUUCCAUGGAGUGUCGCUAUCCUGGAUAUGACAGAUUCUAUCAGGAGCAAUGUAACUGUUCAGAAGAGUUCUGUGACAUAUCAACAGGAUGUCUUGAAUCUAGACAAGAGGACAACAAUUCAAAUAUGGAGCCCACAGUAGCACCAAUUCUUAUCGGUGUUAUAGCUUUCAUGACGUUCUUGGUACUAGCUAUUGGUGGAAGAAUAAUCUGGAAAAGUGUAAAACAAUCUAACUCAAGGCUGGUUCAAGGACGGCAAGAGAUACAGAGACUUGAGAAACAGUUGAAUAGAAAAAAUGAUGGAAAUGAAGGCACGAAGGAAAAUCUUUACGAAGACAUGGAUGGACAGAAUACAGAAGAGGGGGAAAGAAGAUUUACUUUCUUCAGAAAAUAA